AUGAAGAAAUGUCAUAGAAUAACUUCCUGUCAGUCGUGUUCAGUCAUUCAAAGAGAGGAGUCAGAUUUGCCGCACGGAGUGAAGCACGCGCCCUGUCACAACACUACACCAACUGCAUUCAGUGCUGCAGGCGCCUGCUCAUGUGAGGCUUCAAGAUCAGCACCAGCAAUGGCACGUUUUGUACGAGAUGAGGAUAUUUCCCAGCUUCUCCAAGAACUUGAAGAUGAAGAACGAGAGAAUAUGGACCAACCAGACAGAGAGAAUAUCGAUGAUUCAGAUAUUGCAAAUGAAUUUGAGGACGAAAUACUUCACCACCAACUUACCGACUCUGAGUCUGAACAAGAAAAUGAACAGGUUAUGGACUUUGAACAUCCUGGUGCUCCAGAAUCAGAUGAUUUUUCGUUUUUUAUAGGUAAGGACAAAGAAACUAUUUGGUGCAGCAAACCAGUAUCGUCACAAUCUAGAACCAGCGCAAAGAACAUUGUUAAAAUCUUUCCAUGUCCUAAAAUAACUGCCCGAGACACAGCCACAGAAUUGGACGCUUUUUUGAAAAUUUUUGAUUUGUAUAUGAUUGGCUCCAUAGUCGAUAAUACAAACAUCUUCAUUGACAAUAAACGUGAAAAAACCAAGUAUUCAAGAGAAAGGGACUGCAAAAAUACUUGUCAAUCAGAAAUACUCGCUCUAAUUGGGGUGUUGUUCCUCAUUGGACUGAAAAAAGGUAAACACACUGACUGUCGUGAGUUGUGGGAUGGUGAACAUGGAACAGGAAUGCCAAUUCUUCGUGCCACUUUCAGCUACAAGCGGUUUUUAUUUUUACUGCGCUGUCUCAGGUUUGAUAAUGUUCAUACUCGAAAGGACAGAGAGAAGACUGACAGGAUCGCAGCAAUACGAGAUUUGCAAACCCAAUUUGUUAACAACUGCCAAAAUAGUUACAAUCUGGGUGAGUUCGUCACAAUUGACGAAAUGUUAGUUGCAUUUUGGGGGCGUUGUGGUUUUGUGCAAUACAUACCAAACAAACCUGCAAAAUAUGGACUAAAAUUCUAUGCUCUCUGUGAUAGCAAAACAUUUUACACUUGGUCUGUUGAGUUGUAUUGCGGUAAACAAAAGCCAGGUCCUCACUCAGUGUCAAAUAAGGCGAUUGAUGUUGUCAAAAGACUAGUUCACCCAAUCAGAAAAUCUAAUCGCAACCUCACCACCGACAACUAUUACAGCAGCUAUCCUUUGGCCACCUACUUGCUUGAAAAUGGGCUUACAUUCUUGGGAACUCUAAAAAAAAACAAGAAAGAAAUUCCACCCGAGUUUUUACCUAUGAAAUCACGAGCUGCGAAUUCCUGUCUGUUUGGAUUCCAAUACGAUGUUACUCUUGUCUCUGUCAUGACCAAACCCACGAAAGGAGUGCUACUGCUAUCAACUAUGCAUGAUACUGAUGAAAUUGAUGAGGUCACAAACAAGUCUGUUGUAAACCUUGAUUACAACAGCACGAAAGGAGGGGUGGAUACUGUUGACAAAAUGUGUGCAGCCUACUCAACUUCAAGGAUCACAAGACGAUGGCCAAUGGCAUGUUUUUUCCAAUUUCUUGACGUGGCAAGCAUCAAUGCCAAUGUGAUUUUCAACAGCAAUCAACCAGAGAAGAAGACUCGAUGA